GCCUAAAAUCGAAAACGACCUGGAUUUGGAUUUUCUCAGUUACCUUGUCUUCCUAAACUGGCUGUACAAUAUUUUAUUUGCAAACUUGCAUAGGAAGGUCUGAUUACAGACCUUAACAGGAGGAAAAGAAAAAAUCCUUGCUCUCAUCAUCUGCUAAUUCUUCCUUUGGAACCAAACAAUGGAGAUCAACAUGGAGCAUCAACUGAGCCCGCGCAUCACCAAAUUCAACAUCAACCCUUGUUCAAUCCUCGUCGGACUCCACGUGCUGAUGAACAAACUAGCAGCAAAGAACGGAGAAAGAUCGAACUUCGCUUUCUCCCCACUUUCGUUCCACUCCAUGUUAAGCCUCAUUGCUCUGGGCUCAGAAGGCCCUACUCUCAAACAGAUGCUUACCUUCAUGGGGAUCGAUGGUGUUGAUGAACUCAACUUCUUGGCUUCCCAUCUCGUUUCCUCAGUACUGCUACCGCCUGAAAAUGACAACGACGACAUCAGUCAUGGCCCUAUCGUAUCGUUUGUGAAUGGCGCUUGGCUGGAUCAUCGUUUCAAGCUGAAAGCUCCAUUUGAGCAAAUUGUGAGAAGUGUCUAUCGUGCGACAGCAAAAGAAGUUGACUUUCUCGAACUUCCCGAUCAAGCAAGAGAAGAGAUCAACAAAUGGGCAGAGAAAGAAAGCAGGGGACUCAUCAGAAACCUCUUACCACCAGAUGGUAUAGACGAAGAGACAAUUCUGAUACUCACAAACGCACUCUACUUCAGAGGAACAUGGAGCAUCCCAUUCGACAUCUCCAAGACACACCAGAGAGACUUCCACACCUUAACCGGCAGCGCCAUCCAAGUUCCUUUCAUGGCCACAGACGCCAACCAGAAACACCUCUACGCUUCCUCAAACGACCAUCAGGUGGUAAAGAUGCCAUACCAAACCGGAUCAGACCAUGACAGCCGCCGUUUCUCCAUGUGCUUCUUCCUUCCCAACGCCAGAGACGGGCUGGCUGGUUUGUUGGAUAGGAUCAGAGCAGAACCCAUGAUGCUGAACCCACAGGUGGCAGAGAGAGUCGUUUCGCCUGUAUGGAUCCCGAGGUUCAAGUUCGAGUUCGAGGUUGAGGCUUCGAGUAGUAUGAUGGAGCUUGGACUGGUGCUGCCCUUCUGUGAUAUGUAUGGGUUGAACGGAAUGGUGGAGAUAGCGGAUGAACCGGUUGUCCUGUCGAAGGUGUUUCACAAGACGAUGAUUGAAGUGAAUGAGGAAGGAACUGAAGCUGCAGGUAGUAGUGCAGGGAGGAUUAGAGGACUUCGUUGUAGGUCGGCGGCUCCUCCGAGCUUUGUUGCUGACCAUCCUUUUGUGUUCACGAUUGUGGAGGAGAAUUCUGGUUCGGUUUUGUUUCUUGGAGCUCUGCUCAAUCCUCUGUUAGUCAGUUGAAACUUGAAAGCCUAGCAGUAGCAAAGGGCAUACAUACUCUUCUCUUCUUUUCUUCCAAACAUGUGCUGCAAAAUGUUAGUGAGCUAUGAAGUUAUAAUCUUUAUUCAAGAUA